UUUAAUUUCUUUGGUUAAACAUGUCCGUAAGUAAAAUGCCCGAUGAUGCCGUCUCCCCCGCCAUAGCUGGCUGAUAGGGGGACACGCACCACUUGCGAUCGCUGAGACCACCACCACCACCAUCUACCACCUCACGCCACUCCUGCAGACGCAACGACGCAUUGCUCAUAGAUAUUAGGAGUCUAUUCAUCCUCUCGGUUUCAAGUCGUAAUAGGAGCCCGGAGCUCCUGUUACGUUGGACACGAUUCACCACUCGACCAACAGAGGCAUCCCCUCUUUACCUAACCAUCGCGAUGUCAAGCCCCUUUCACCGCCGACCGGCGUAUGACUACCAUUUCCUCCUUCGUCUCCGCGGGCCUCCGCAACUCCUACCCGCAAACCGUGCGGACGACGCCCGUCCGAUCCGCGUCGUCUGUCUCUCCGAUACGCACACACUAGAAUGGCCCGACGUGCCCGAUGGCGAUCUUCUCAUCCAUGCAGGCGACCUGUGCAACGACGGCAGCGUGCGUGAGCUGCAGGCCGCAGUCGACUGGCUGCGCCGUCUGCCGCACCGGCACAAAGUCGUCAUCUGCGGGAACCAUGAUAGCUACUUCGACGUGCGAUCACGACUGGACGAAGACCGCGAGAGCAACAACGGCAAGUCGGGCUCCUCCUUUGCCGCCAUCUCCUCGUCAACAGCGUCGAUCCGCUCCCUCGACGAUCUCGACGACAACCGUAUCGACUGGGGGGAUAUCCACUACCUACAACAUUCGUCCGUGACGCUCAGUUUUCCCAUAUCAUCAUCAUCAUCAUCAUCAUCAGCGACAGCGACGGCUUCAAGCUCCCUAACCGUCUACGGCGCCCCGCAAGUCCCGGCCAUCGUCCCCUUCGGCCCAGAACACGCCUUCACAUACCCCCCGCAUCACGACGCCUGGUCAGGCACCGUCCCCCCCUCGACCGACAUCCUAGUCACACACACCCCGCCCGCACAUCACCGCGACCUGUCGCCUACUUUCUCGACAGGCUGUCCCUCGCUGCUGGCCGAGUCAUGGCGCGUGCGGCCGGCCCUGCACGUCUUCGGCCACGUGCAUGCCGCGUACGGCGCCGAGCCGGUCUUCUGGGACGAGGCGCAGCGCGCAUGGGAACGGCUCUGCGCCGCGCGCCGCCCACGCGCGGCCGCCUUCUUCGCUGCCUCGUCGUCCUGGGUCGCGUACCGCUCGCUCCUCCUCGGCGUGCUGCGCGAUCUCGUCGACUUGUCGGGCUGGGUGGACGCCGCGCGCGUUCUGGUGUAUGGCGUGCUGGGGGUCGUCUGGGUGCGUGUUUGGGGGGGUGAGAAUCGUGGCGGAUGGAUGGUCAAUGCGGCGUGUAUGUAUGGCGACUCGGGCCGGCUGGGGAACAAACCAAGAGUGUUUGUUUUAUAGUCACCUUCGAGAAGAGUAUUCUAAAGUACCAUGUU